AUGAAACUCUACCAUCUCUUUCUGUCCAUCACCUUCACUACAUCAACAGCCACAGCCACAGCAGAAGCAGACUACAUCAUCAUCGGCGGCGGCACAACCGGCCUCCUCCUCGCCAACCGCCUCUCCUCAACCCCAACCACCACCGUCCUCGUCCUCGACCCCGGCAAAGACACCCGCACCAACCCCAACGUCACCAAUCCAACGCAAUGGCUCCGCAACGCACACACAGAGAUAGACUGGGCCUACGCCUCCACUCCCCAGUCCCACGCCCUCAACCGCACCCUCUCCUACACAGCGGGGCGCAUCCUAGGCGGCACGAGCAUGAUCAACGGGAUGACGUACCUGCGCGCUGACAGCCCUGAGAUCGAUGCGUGGGAGGCGCUGGGUGCUAAAGGCUGGAAUUGGGGGUCCCUGUGGCCGUAUUAUUUGCGCACAGAAAAGUUUAGUCAGCCGUUGGGAUGGCAGGUGGAUGCCGGGGCGGAUGAUGUGUCUGCUUUUCAUGGGGAAAGGGGGAAUGUGGAUGUUUGUUUCACGAUGCAGCUGUCGACAACAGGAUUCUGGGAGAAGGUGAGGGAUGCGUGGGUGGGUUUAGGGGUGAGAUGGAACAAAGAUCCGAAUGGGGGGUCGGUUGAAGGGGUUUCGGUGUGGCCGCAGACGAUUGAUUGUAAGGAGGAUGUGAGGUGUAGUUCUGCGAAAGCGUUUUAUUAUCCUGUUGAUGGGAGGGAGAAUCUGAGGGUUGUUAGGGGGACAGUCAGAAGAAUCCUCUGGGGGGAGAGUGAGAGUGAGAGUGGACGAGAAAGGCAUGUGGCGGUGGGAGUCGAGUAUCUGGAUGAGACGGGAGAAGUGCAGACUGCAAUGACCCGCAAAGAAGUGGUACUGUCAGCUGGGGCGCUGCGGACGCCUCCCAUCCUCGAAGCAUCGGGUGUUGGCGACGCGGGCAGGCUCAGGGGACUCGGGAUCGAAACGCGAAUCGACCUCCCCGGCGUGGGAGAGAACCUGCAGGACCAGCCGAAUGUGCCUCUGCUGUACAUGGGCAGUCUCAACGUCUCGGGAUACGCGCCAUAUGCCACGUUUGUAACGGCGUCGCAGCUCUUUGGCGAGGACCUCGAGGAUAUAGCUGCGUAUGCUCCUCUGUCUAACGUUCAAUGCAAGAAUACUGACAUUAACAGAACAACACUCUCCUCCAUCCCAGCCUGGGCUGAAUCACUCGCCUCAUCCUCAGCCAACAACCUCAACAGCAGCGCGAUAAAACACAUCCUCACCCUCCAGCACACCCUCAUCUUCAAGUCCAACGUAACCAUCGCGGAAAUCCUCACCACCGCGUCCGGAACCACCCUCCUCUCGGCCUACUGGCUGCUCCUCCCUUUCUCCAGGGGCAGCGUGCACCUCUCGUCAACAAAGGAAAAAGACAUAAACGCCCCCAGCAUCGACCCGAACUUUUUCCAGGUAGACUUUGAUCUCCAGACAGAAAUGGCGAUAGGGAGACUAGCGCAAUCAUUCUGGGAACAGGGACCCGUGAAGAGCUUGCACGCGGUUCCGAUGCCUGGACGGGGGCUGGAGGGUAAUGCAACAGACCCCCAAUGGACGGCGUUUAUGAAAAACACUUUUGGGCCGAAUUACCACCCGAUCGGGACCGCGAGUAUGAUGGCUCGAGAGCUGGGGGGCGUCGUCGAUUCGCGGCUCAAAGUCUACGGCACGGAGAAUGUCAGGGUCGUCGAUGCGUCGGUGAUUCCGCUGCAGGUGAGUGGGCAUCUCACGGCGACGUUGUAUGCGAUGGCCGAGCGGGCGGCGGAUAUCAUAUUGAAUAGGAGACAAGAUUAA